AUGGCGACUUUCACAGCUCUAAAUGGGUCAUCGCCCAGGCCAACUGAGAUCUCCAAUGGUGCUCGGGAGCCUGAACGCGGAAACGGACAGUCUGCUGGUCCAGACCCGAGAUCCGCUAGUGAUGUUGCAGUCAGCCAGAGAGAACGGGACCGGGAAAACUGGGGCACUUCGACCCGUGAAAGGCUUCCGUAUCCUACGGCAAAUUACCACGAUGCUGAACCUGCCCCAAAACGGAUGCGGGCAGAUUCCGAUUCUCACUCUCCCAGGCGAGAGCACAGGCCUUCACCCAUUCCUACCGAGCGACCCGAAAAGUUUGAAAGAACAGAAAGAACUCCUAUUGAACGACCCGAGAGGUUCGAAAGAACGGAAAGAAUGGAGAGAAUGGAGAGGCCCGAGGUAACAGAGAAGGCCGAGCAGUACGAACCUUCACGGCCUCAGUCGAACUCCCAUGACCGCUAUCCGUCUCCCCAGAAGGAAGGGUAUCGUAGUUACGAAAACCGUGACAGCGAUGACCGAUGGCGCUCUCAGCAGGCCAGAAGUGAGAGGAACGCAAGCUACGAUGCAGCUUAUUCGGCCGGACCAGUAUCCGGCCAGUCCGAGGAGCCCAUGGGCGAACACAUGCGCAGAGCGACCAGUCAAGCAGACAGCGGCGACUACGAUAAUCAGAGCCCCGAUGGCGACGACAACCGGUACUCGGAUCAGUAUACCCCUGAGCAGCGCAGAGAUGGCACCGUUCAGUCUGAUCCCAAGAAGCGGAAGCGCAAUUUCAGCAAUCGGACGAAAACCGGCUGCCUGACUUGCAGACGGCGGAAAAAGAAGUGUGAUGAGACCAAGCCUCAGUGUACCAACUGCAUCAAGGGUUCAUUCCAAUGUGCCGGUUACCCACCACAGAGGGGUAACUGGCAGAAGCCCGAGAGCAAACCAGCCCAAGUCACCAUCGAGUCCAAGGAUCCCAACUAUGUCCCUCCUGGAGCAUAUGGGAUGCCGCAGCAACCGAUCCCUCCUUAUACCAGCAACACUGCCCCGAUACUGAGCCAACCAAAGCAGCGCGAGCCUUUCCCGAUGGCGCGUGGGCAGCAACCCACUCUCCGCAUCACACCCCCUCAAGGACGGCCUCUUCAAAGCGACGACGACCGGCUCACGGCAUCAACUCUUCCUAGUGCAUCGGUUAUUAGCCCAGACAACAAACUGUCUGCCCUGUCAGCUUAUCCUUCAAACGUUUUCCCCACACCCAUCAGUGCCCGGACACCCCUAAGAGAGUACGCGAGAGUGCCACCGCUCCAUGACUUGACGAGGACGGACCCUGACCAUCAACCACCACCUCCACCACCGCCUCCUCAAAGCGCCAUUUCCGCACAUCCUCCAUACAAUCUUCAUGGUAGUCGAACGGACACGCCAACAUCAGCGGUUCAGCCUCUAAUCACGUCUCAGCCACCAUCAAGUGCCGUACAGGCGACUGCGCAGCUAGCACUAUCCCAUGCGCAGUCACAUACUCCGUCCAGCGCUACCGUGCCCCACGUGCGGAGGGAGAAAGAUGAGAUGAUCAGUGGCCGAGCCUUUUAUCCAUUCGACAAGGAGCUUGUGCUAGAACGCGAGAGAUGCAAUGCAGCUUGUUGGAGAUUCAAUAACUCGACCAACCCUAGCAUUGGCGUAUCACCUGCUGAACGCGCACGACUUUUUAAGGAGAUCUUGCACCCACGCGAAGGUGUUCAGUUAACGCCCAACCAACUAUCACCCAUAGGCCGUAUUGGUCAUGUUGGUGAACACGUUUCGGUCGAGGCCCCGUUCAACUGUGACUAUGGGUACAACAUCUCCAUUGGCAACAACGUGUCUAUCGGCCGGAACUGCCUGAUCACCGACUCUUGCGAGGUACGCAUUGGCCACAACGUCAUUAUCAGCCCGAAUGUCAACAUCUACACAAACAGCUGCUACACAGACUGGAGGCGCCGUGACGGAAACAGGGGUGCGCAGUUUGGCAAGCCAGUCAUCAUUGAUGACGAUGUCUGGAUUGCUGCAAAUGUGGUCAUUUUGCCUGGUGUGAAAAUCGGAAGGGGGACGUUGCUCCUUACAGCAUCUACAUCGGACGGAAAGCAAGCAUGCACCGAGGCAUUCCAGCUUGAUGCUGUUAUUGUCUGGUCUCACUGUGAUGGGCUCGACAGACGGCUGUGUGUCCCCACGCCUCCUACCGCGAUCAGACCUCGAUCUACUUAUGUACUGGUCUUUCCAACCAACCACGGACUGCAGUUUCCAACCAGCGGAUGAAACCCGUCUCUGUUUAUUUCUCGCAUAUGUUUACCGUUAUUUCCAUUUUAUUAUCUUACUCCUCUCUAUCUCCUCUAAUUACUACUUGUCACAUUUAUGUGUGGGGGCGAAUGGAUCGAUCGGCGGGAGGGUGGUUCGAAAGGAAACAUGGGUUUGGAUCAGGAAGAAUGGAUGGAAUGGGAUGGGAAAGGACAGGACAGAGAAGAACGACACGCCGCUACGAUCAAAUUGCCAGGAUGUCGUUCGAAAAUCGAAGAAGCAUCAUUAUCACCAUCCUCACGACUUUUAUCUACGUCAUGCCAUGUUUCUACGAAGGAGGUGUCCCAGCGAGCGAGCGAAUCUGGAUGAACGAAACGAGUGCCUACGGAGGGGUGGUUCCAGGUUGGUUGACUUUAUCUUGCGGUUUCGGCUAUCUGCGACUUUAAUAGCACUAUAUACC